AUGCUCCUGAAGCUGCCGGUAGAGCUGCAGCGCAUGGUCGUGGAGGAAUUCCGACUCCCUCGCCUGCCUCUCGGGACUCGUCGGUGCCUCAAUCCAGACUUCAUCGUGCCACGCUGGGCACUCCACAGCCUGUGCCUCACAUCGCGUCACUUCCAUGACCUUGCUGAGCCUUUGCUAUAUGAGAGUAUUGCACUCACAGAGGACACGCAAUUCCCGCAGCUGCUCAACUCCCUGCUUGCCAACCGGGACCGGAGAUCAUGGAUACGACGAAUUGCUUGCCCAAUGUGCAUCAUGGAGGAGACGGACACGAUGGUUGUUCUACCUCUAUGGAAUCAAAUUAUUGCCCCAAGAAAGGGAAUGGACUUAGACCAACGAGAGAAAAGAGCACUGCAGCUUGCCGGCCUCGAGCUUGACCACAUCCUCGAAGAGGACCGGUGGAUCAACGAUUAUGGCUCGGAAGAGUCUGGCUGUGGUCUACGUGAGGACGAAUGGGCAUUUUGUGAUCAGCUGCUGGCCGUCAUAAUAUGCUUGACAACAUGCCUGGAAGAUCUUCUCCUCCAAAUACCUACUGAUAAAGAGGGUCUCGGAGGUUUUGACAAUCUGGCCAGGGCUCUAGGUUCAGGCGUUAAUGCCCACGAGACGGGCGUGUUACAGUCGCUUCGAUCCGUCAGGAUUCAACCGACCCGUUCCAGGGCACGAACACCUGGAUCGAAUGGGCCAGAUCCAGGGAUUUUGGUAGAGCCACGGAACGUCGAACCCGGUCGCGACCCAGGCUUUGGCAUAGACCCACUGCGCCUCUUCAGCUUUGAAGUACGGAACGUCGAGGAGGUCGAUAUCUGUGGUGACAAUGGCAUUUGGUUCAGACUUCUCAAAGCCAGUCACGGUCCCUGGACGGAUGAUACUCUCCCCCAUGAUUUGAAGCGUUUCAGGUCUCUGAAGACCUUAAAACUGAAUGAGAGUAGGACCCUGCCAUCAUAUCUGCGACACCUGCUCGAGGAAGCUCACAGUCUUGAGACAUUUCACUACACUACGAGACAACAAGAAUGGAGGCAAGAGUAUUGGUCUCCUGAAUAUGCCGACUUCGUUUUCAUGCCUCUUGACGUUUUCUCCAUGAACGAGGCAUUGUGGCCCAUUAGGAAGACUGUGAAGGAGCUGUCAUUAGGGAGUGUAUGUCGGGAUUGGGACGACGGCGACGAGGAGUUCCAAAAUCUCGAGCUGAUAGUCCUCCUGGGCCUCUUUGAGAAGCUGACUCAUCUAUCGAUCGAUCUGAGGUGGCUGGCUCCCAUCACAUUGGACCUAGAGGAAGACGUGGCUUUGGUUUCACUUUACAAACGACUCCCUCAGUCCCUCAAAGAAAUCACGCUCACUGAGACAUGGACAAGGACGGAUCUCCGAGCCCUAAGUGAGAGCCCCAAGGUCGAGAGGAGGUCAAUGGCCUGGGUGCAAGCUGCGCUCUGGACUCUCUUGGUAGGCGACGACGGACAAGAGGGCAAGAGCAAAAGACUUGCCCACUUGGACAAGGUGACCCUCGUCGCAGUGCCAGCCUUCCAUAAUUACGAGGAUGGAAGGCCAGACGCAGAUGAUGAAUGUGUGCCGCUCAAGACGGACGAGGGGGUAGAAGAGAUGAAAAGCGUAUUCGCGAAGUACGGUGUGGAAUUCCACGUCGAGUGGUUUAAGCGAAUAUGA